GACCGUACACUCCAAAACUCUCUCAUUCUCUCUCUAAGAAUCUUUAAAAAUAAAAAAAAAUAAAAAAUAAAAUUCUUCAACCUUCUUCUUGAUAAUCUAGCUUUUAGGGUUUUGCAGGCUCCCAAUACAUACAAUCACCCAUGCCAACAUUACAAAUCUGUCUCUGAAAAACAAUCUGAGCAUCAGAAUGGCAUCGUCGGCAUUCAUGGUGAUCUGCCUGCUCCACUCGGCGAUCGCGGCCACGUGUGGGGCUCUUAUGAUGUUCUACAUGAAGGAAAUCUACACCAUCGGCCACGGGGUCGAGGCCGCCACCAAGCUCCUGGGCUCCACGCCGCACGACCAGCUCCUGAUUCGGACCUCCGACUCCUUCUCGGGUCUCCUGUUGUUCGCAAUCGGGUUCUUGCUCUUCAUGGUUUCCUUCGUCAAGGACAGGGAGUUUCAGGCUUUCUUCGCCAAGGGGUGCACGGUGCUGCAUGUUUUCUCGGCCAUGUGGCGGAUUUACUUCGAGAGAAGGGUCGAGGAUCUCGCCUGGGAUUGGCUCAGGCAGACAGUUGGCGAUAUCUUAUUGGCUGCUUCUUGGGUCUUUUUUCUCGUUUACUCUUGGCGUGAGAAGUACGAUUAGCCCCCUCAUUCUUCUCAUUACAUUGUUUACCACAAUGCUAUAUCAUAUCAUUUCCUGUAUAAUUAAUUAUAUUUUGUCGAAUUUUUUAA